GUUGAUUCGGAACCGCGACGUGCGUCAUAUCCACGUCCUUCCGAACGUAUACUUGCAUGCUUCAGAAGGGAAGUCUGCUUGCCAUUGAAUAUUAUGUGUUGAUGGUUGCGCUCAGGUUCUUUCGAAGCUUUAUGAGUAAGAAAGCUGCAAGUCACGAUAUCUCUCCGGCUGGGGAUAUGGCCAACCCACUGGACCGCCAUGAAGUCAAAUUUUCUCUUCCUACUCCAGAUCUCGGUUCUUUCCUCUGCUCUUGCCUCCUUCAGCGACUUUGGCAUCCCCAAGUCAAACGCGACUGUGGACGUCCGGGCGUUCGAUGUGGGAACGGCAACGCUCACCAACGAGACACACACGUUCUUCCGACCUAUUCUCCCGGGACACGAAUCGCUGGUGAUUCCGCUCUUUGCGUUUCUCGUCGAACACAAGCAGUCGGGCAAGCGUGUCAUGUUCGAUCUCGGGAUGCGCAGUGAUCCGCAGAAUUUCGCCCCGAGCAUCAAACAAUUUUUCACGGGCGGUGUGAUGCGCAUUUACGAGUCUAGGGACAUCACGGGACUCCUCGAGACAGGGGGGAUAUCGCCCUCGAGUAUCGAGGCUGUUGUUUGGAGUCAUGCACAUUUCGAUCACAUUGGAGACAUGUCGAAAUUCCCGCGAGGCACUCGUCUUGUCAUUGGCUCGGAGACGAUCACAGAAACAUAUCCAACAUUUGCCAAUGCGACUCUCUUGCCUUCCGACUUUGCUGGACGCAAUGUCACGAAAAUAAACUUCAAAGCGGCCAAGCUGAUCUUCGCUGGUAUGAACGCGGUUGACUAUUUUGGAGACGGCAGCUUCUAUCUGCUGGACGCACCAGGGUAUAUGCGGGGACAUCUGAUUGCUCUCGCACGCGUUACCCCGUCCUCGUUCGUCGUUCUCGGUGGCGACGCUUUCCAUCAUCCUGGGGAACUCCGGCCGAGACCGGCGUUGUACGACAAGUACCCGUGCCCCGCGCAUCUGCUCACGCAGACCAAAACCGCUAUCUCCACAGACUAUUUCUGGUCACCGGAUUCAUCGGCGGGCAGCUUCGACCUCGCGUCUCGCGGCCAGCCGUUCCUCACUAUAUCUGAUACGUCCGACUCAUUUUACGCCGACCCCACCCUAUCCCAGGUCUCCCUGGACAAAAUAGCGGACUUUGAUGCUGAUCCAGACUUCUUCAUUGUUAUUGCCCAUGAUCUCAGCAUGAGAGACUUUCUACCGCUAUUUCCCGCAUCUAUCAACACUUGGAAGCAGGACAAGCUGAAGGAUCGAGCGCUGUGGAGAUUUUUAGAUUCUUCGAGUCCAGCAUUUCUCUUGGGAUCUCUCAGAUCCUGAGUUCAAGACCUCUUGUCUUUACAUCCUUAUGUUUUUGUUUUUGCAACCAUGAUCACGUGAAUUCACCCACGCUUGCCUGAUCGGGACCAAAGGCGUUGCAGAGUUUUAU